AGGAAGUCCGCCUAGAGCGCUUGGCUCGCGAGCGCGUCUCUCGCACCCUUUUUGUUCGCAACAUUGCUGUUUGUGCAUGUUUAAGCGUGGCUAACUUCAGUACGAGACAAUGUCAGAGAAGUUUCGCACUGACUUUGAGCGAUUCGGGGAGUUGCGCGAAUUCUUUGAUUCCAUCUCGCGCCGUGGUCUGGCGUUUGUGACCUACUAUGACAUACGCGGAGCCGAGGCAGCGCGUCGUGAGAUGCACGGUACCAAGAUCUACGGUCGAGCAAUCGAUGUGCACUUUGGUUUGCCCAAGGAGCACGACAGAGAGGGCCCCUGCGACCAGUCAAAGAACCAAGGGACGCUUCUUGCGCGUAUCCAUCCGCCCCGCCCUCUUCACCCAGACGAGGUCGGCCCCGUGGCUGAGCAGUCAGGUGCAAUCAAAACUAUACGCGAUGGGAGGGUUCCGUCCGAGGUUAUGAUUGAGUUCUAUGACAGCCGCGCUGCCGUCGACUUCCACGCGCGCUUCGCCAACAAACCCUUCGGCGGCGGCACCCUAGAGCUCGAUUAUAUGUGGGACGAAGGCGAGAUUGUUAACCCGGAUCCUGUGCGAGCCGACGAAGUGAUCUCGUCCACUUUUGUCACCCGUCGCGAGCUGCUUGACCGUGAGGGCCGCGGCCAUAAGUAUCCUCAGGUCCCUGAUCAAUACGACAACAAGCGUGGUCAGAGCCCGCCACGCCGAUAUGGCGGUGGAGGUCGCUAUAAUGACGCGCCUACGCACGCAAUGCGUCCUCCUGUCCAAGACCCUCACCGCUUAGAGGAGGCGCGAAAAGUUCAGAAUCUUCUCGCGACGCUGGGAAGUGUCCCGUCUCUAGGCUCCGGCGCUCCGCCGAAUCCCCAAGGUCCGCCACCACCUGGACCAGGGUACGGUGGACCGCCUCCUCCGCCUGGGCCACCGCCGGAUCCGCGCCGGAGCUCAUAUUCUGGGCCACCCUCGGGACCGCCCCCGGGACCGCCGCCUCGGCCGCCUCCCAUGAGAUACCCUCCGGGCCCGCCGCCGCCUUCCUACUCGUCAGCUCCUCCCCCUUCUCACUCCCCUUCUUACCCUCCGCCUAGUUCAUCGUACCCGCUUUCGAACUACCCCCCAGCGCCACCACCUGCCUCGUAUCCUCCGCAGCAUUCUCCUCCAGCGCCCGCGCCGUCUUACGCGCCGCCAUACUCGCCAGUGGCAUCCAGCACUCCCCUGCCAUCGCAGGUUCUCGCGAUGCUUCAGCCGCAGCAAUCGGGGCAGCAGGGGUACCAGUCCAGCCCUCCAGCGCAGAGUUAUGACCAGCGACAAGCUUAUAACGCGUCCCCGCCACAGCAGGGGUACCAAUCAACGCCAGGCUAUGGCGGUGCACCUGAUUACCGUCCUCCGCGCCCACAGCCCGGCUACAACUCCCAACCCCCUCAGCAGCAGCAGGGAUACGACCCGAAGACUGGCAGCGACGUCAGCAGUCUUCUCGCAAUGCUGAACAGGUAAUGCUGUUCGGCCAACAUCUCUUCUCAGCGUAGAGCUCGUCAGCUUAUGAAUUGUUACUCCUGAGAGCGCCGCAAGCCA